AUGGAUGCCCUGUGUGAGCACAGCUACUGCUCGCUGGCAGCUAACAUGAGAGAAGCUGGUGCAGGAGAACUGAACCCUUUCCCCAGCCUGCUAGAAGAGAGGCUGUUAAGCAACAGCACCAACGAGUCCCUGCAGGAGCUCUGGAGGAGCUUCCUCAACCUGGAGAGAGCAGAUGGGCUGCAGGGGGGCAGCUCCAUCCUCCUACGGAUCUUCAUCUCCAUCAUCUAUUCUGUGGUGUGCGCCCUCGGUCUAGUCGGCAAUGUGCUGGUGCUCUACUUGAUGAAAAGCAAAUGGAAAAAGUCCUCCAUCAAUCUCUUUGUGACCUGCUUGGCAGUGACCGAUUUCCAGUUUGUCCUGACUUUGCCCUUCUGGGCGGUGGAGAAUGCCCUGGAUUUCACCUGGCUCUUUGGCAAAAUCAUGUGCAAGAUGCUCUCCUAUGUGACAGCCAUGAACAUGUAUGCCAGUGUCUUCUUCCUCACUGCCAUGAGCAUUGCCCGCUACCAUGCUGUGGCCUCUGCCCUGAAAAGCAGGAGGCAAGGAGGGCUCCUGGAUGGCUGCUCUUCAGCCAAAUGGUUGUGUGCGCUCAUAUGGGUCCUGGCCAUUCUAGCUUCUCUGCCCAAUGGCAUCUUCUCCACCACCUCCACUAUCUUUGGUGAGGAAUUAUGCCUGGUCAAGAUACCUGACAGCCAAGGCAACAAUACUCCAUUCUGGUUGGGGCUGUACCAUGCCCAGAAGGUUCUGCUGGGCUUUCUAUUGCCUUUGGGCAUCAUCACCCUUUGCUACCUCUUGCUGGUGCGCUUCAUCAGUGACAGACAUGUGGGUGCCGGUUCCUGUGGGCCAAGCACUAAGCGCCGCUCCAAGGUGACCAAAUCAGUGACCAUUGUAGUACUGUCCUUCUUCCUUUGCUGGCUACCCAACCAGGCACUAACCACCUGGGGUGUCCUCAUCAAGCUGAACCUUCUGCACUUCAGCCAUGCCUACUUUCUCUCUCAGGCAUACCUCUUCCCCAUCACAGUCUGCCUGGCACAUUCCAACAGCUGCCUCAAUCCCAUCUUCUACUGCCUCAUGCGUAGGGAAUUCCGUAAAGCACUCAAGAAACUCUUGUGGAAGAUUGCUUCACCCUCCACCACCACCAUGCGUCCAUUCACUGCUACCACCAAACCUGAGCAUGAAGAGCAGGCAUUGAAGAACCUAAUGACCAUUAAGCCUGCAAGAAGCUGUGCUGCUCCUCCUCAUCCUGCUAUAGCAGGAGAUGUUCCUGAUACUAUCUGCUAUCCCCCUGGUGUGGUGGUGUAUAGUAGUUGCUCUAAUAUCUUGCCUUCCAACACCUCCACCGAGCUGCACUGUUGA